AGCUUCGUGUUUCGUUUAUUCAUUUACAGAAUGUGCGUGUCCUUCGUAAAUGGGUGAGAAAUUUUUACCUGAACGUGAAGAUUUUUUUAAAAAUAUUAUAUUGGUUUUACGUGGUUGUGUUGAAAACGACAGAGAUUUAUUUGCAAAUCGACGACACAAAAUAAGGGCAUUCUCGUGAUGGAAUAAUUUCUAAUGAAAACAAUUUUAUCGCUCUGAAAGCGUGAGACGCGUAGGUAAAACGAGGGUAAUUUAUUUCUUGAUCUAAUUUACAGAUAUUAUAAUUGAUUACCGAUAAAUUAAUAAUUUAUCAGUAAUUUGGUAAAUUCAUUCAUGUUUUUAAAAUAUUUUGAAGUGUUGUAAGUGAGUCGGGGCAGUGUUGCUUGAAAUAGAGAAGGUGUGUAUGUGUGAGUGUGGGUGUAUCACGGCGAUCGAGUGCGAUCGCGAUAAUCACGCAUGAAGCAGCUGGACUUGAUGCUGCGCAAGUGACUCAUCGUAGUGACGAAAUGGCCGGAAAAGUACUACCAUGGUUAAACAUCGACUACACCCAGAGAAUAAUGCGACUAGCAGAGGACGACAAUACCUUGCAGGUGACCAAUAUAUUUACCAAAGCGGCCACGGACAAGGGCGACAACUAUAGCAGCGACAUAAGGAGGGUGACGGUGGAGUUCACCCGUAAUAAAGGGAACAAAAUGGUGACCGAGAAGAAGUCGAUGAUCCUCAAACUUGAAUCACCCACAGAAGGUGCCCGACGAGUUUUGAUAAAAAAAACUGAAAUCUUCGACACGGAGAUCUCUGCCCUAACCGACGCCGUGAAGAAAAUGAAUCAGUUGUUGGGACCUGAGGAACGUUUCUGCGCGAAAGUUUAUGACGUACGAUUGGAAUCACCGUUGUGUUUGAUCCUGGAGGAUCUUUCUGUUUUUGGUUUUCGUAUGGCCGAUCGUUAUCUUGGUUUCGACACGGAUCACGCGUUAAUGGCUCUUAGAAGAAUGGCUACGUUUCAUGCUGCAUCGGUCGCUUUGUGCGAAAAGGAACCGAAAUACAAGGAGCGGUAUAGAAGAGGUUAUUUCGGUAUGGAGUAUCCAAAGGAGAUGCAAAUUUUCUUAACCGGCACUUUGAAAGCGAUGGCGGAUGAAGUGGAGACAUGGCCAGAAUUUGGAAAACCCUAUGCGGAUAAACUUAGGGCGUUUGCACCUAAUUCAUAUCGAAAAGGCAGCGAAAUUACAGCGUGGAGGGACAACGAGUUUAACGUGAUCAAUCAUGGGGAUUGUUGGGUGAACAACAUGUUGUUCCGAUAUGAUGACAAUGGAAAACCCAUUCAGCAUAUUUUCGUAGACUUUCAGCUAUGUGUAUACAGUUCACCUGCGAUUGAUCUACAUUACUUUGCGGCUACUAGCUUAAGCGAAGAACUCUAUAAACAUAGGAGAGGCUUCUUGCUCGAGGAGUACUUAAAAACGUUAACAAGUGUCAUGAAGGAACUUGGUUGUAAAACAUCACCGCCCACCAUGGAUGAACUGCAGAGGAUUCUGAAAGAGCACGAGACGUACGAAUUUCUCUCUGCGGUCAUUGUCUUGCCAGUAAUACUGUUAGACAAAGAGAACGCAGUGGAUAUCAGUGAACUAUUGCAAGCGGAUUGCAAAGAGAUCCCUGGUGUCAAGUCAAAAGCCUUCCGGGAGGUGAUGAGCAAAAGAUUGCCAACAUACAUGGAAAUGGACUUACUCGACCCGUAAGCCUUUUAAUAUGUUUUAACACGCUCGAUGUUGUGUCGUAAUUAAAUGUUGGCGAUGUGUGCGUGUGAAAGAAAGAUUUUCGAGAAUCGAAUUGAAUGAGAAGCGAUGUCAAUUACGUACUCGAGUUUACGUGAGUAGAGGCUGUGUUGAAUUGUGAUCGAUUCGCUCGUUUCAACUCGAUAAUGAGUUCAUCGUGAUAGUAAGAUACAUUGUAAUCUGUUCUUUAUCGUCUUUCCUUGAAGCCGACUGUUUUAACCAAAGUUCAAAUGUUUUUUGUAAAUCACUUAGACUUAAUAGUGACGAGAAAGGGUUUAGAAGGUACAAGCUUAGAUUAUUUUUUUUUUGUAAGUCCACAAGUCGAUAAUACUAACUGAGAUAAAAUAAUGUCACCUAACAUGCAUAAUUAGCAAAGUAUUAUUUUAGAUGUAAAUAAAAGAUUUUUGUUGUUAAUCGUGUUACUAUUUUGAAAGUACAACGAACAUUGUUACACGUUGCAAAAUGAAAGAGAAAUAAAAAAAUUGAAGAUGAGUGAAAAUAAA